UUGAAUUCUUUUUUAUCAGUAAUAUUUGUGCUUGAAAUAAGUGUAAAUGAAUGGGAAAUUGGUAAUGGAACAGAUGUGUUUAACAACUUUAAGGCUAAGAACGGAAAGUUCAAACCAGAACUAAAUGCAGAUAUGAGAGGGUUGAUGAGUUUGUAUGAAGCUUCACAGCUAAGCAUAGAAGGAGAAGACAUUCUUGAUCAAGCCGCAGACUUUAGUACCCGAGUCCUUAACGGGUUGAUGCCACAUCUUUCUCAUCAUCAAGCUCGAGUUGUCAGCAACACACUGGGAAAUCCCCAUCACAAGAGCCUAGCAAGGUUCAUGGCAAGAGAUUUCCUUAGUGAUUACACGAACCCAAGUGAAUGGGAAAAUGUCUUGCAAGAACUGGCGAAAAUGGAUUUUAACAUGGUUCAAUUCACACACCAAAAAGAAAUACUUCAAGUAUCAAAGUGGUGGAAAGACACGGGUUUGGCGAGUGAACUGAAGUUCGCUAGAGACCAACCUCUAAAAUGGUACAUGUGGCCUAUGGCAGCCCUCACAGAUCCAAGGUUCUCAGAGCAAAGAGUUGAGCUCACAAAACCCAUCUCUUUCAUCUACUUAAUAGAUGAUAUUUUUGAUGUUUAUGGGACACUUGAAGAACUCACUCUCUUCACAGAAGUUGUCAAUAGAUGGGAACUUGGUUUAAGUAUUCGUAUUCAUACAUUGAGCCAUUAA